UGGAGGAUGGCCAGAACCAAGCAGACGGCUCGGAAGUCCACCGGUGGCAAAGCACCAAGGAAGCAGCUUGCUACUAAAGCAGCUCGCAAGAGCGCUCCCGCCACCGGAGGCGUGAAAAAACCUCACCGUUACCGUCCUGGCACGGUGGCUCUCCGAGAGAUCCGGCGCUACCAAAAGUCCACCGAGCUGUUGAUUCGUAAACUCCCUUUUCAGCGCUUGGUGCGUGAAAUUGCUCAGGACUUCAAGACUGACCUGCGUUUCCAGAGCUCGGCCGUGAUGGCCCUUCAGGAGGCCAGCGAGGCUUAUUUGGUGGGUCUAUUUGAAGAUACUAAUCUCUGCGCCAUCCACGCCAAGCGAGUCACCAUCAUGCCCAAAGACAUCCAGUUGGCUCGCCGUAUCCGCGGCGAGAGAGCUUAA